AUGGAAGGCAGCACAGAUGAAGAAGUCACCUUUAAGGUCAAUAGUAAGUCGGAGGAUUCUAAGUUGGACAGUGUCAAGAUGCACCGUGACUUUAUGAACAGAGAUGACAUCAGACCCGAAGACUCUGUGAGUCAGAGGGGUAGUAGUACCACGUCAGCUAGUUGGAGGCUUCGAGCAAGGGCUAGGAGAGCUGCCUUAGAAGCGAAAGUUAUGGCUCUGCAAGAGCAACAAGAGCUUGAGCUUGAGGAAAUCAAGUUAAAACAAAGGAAAGCUGAACUUCUUCUUAAAAUGAAAUUGAAGGUAGCAGAGGCAGAAGAAGCUGUUUAUAAAGGUACACAGUCAGAUGUCAAGGUCAAAGGAAAGACUGAUCCUUUAGAACAGGACAAGACUGAAGAACCGUUUAAGCUUGAACCUUCCAGGGGCAAUUCAACAAUGCCGGCAAAGACAAAACUGACACCAACUUGUGACAAUUCUUCAACCAGUGAAAGUGAUAAGAUGAUGGGUAAGAUGCAUUCUGACAUUUUCCAUCACUUACAGCAAGGACAGAAACAACAUCAGCAGCUGUUGGAAGCUAUCACCAUUUCCACUGCCAACAUUAUGUCCUUUGAUGGUAACCCUUUGAAUUUUUAUGAAUUCAUGCGGUCGUUUGACAGCGUCAUUGGUAGUUCUUCAUUGGACAAUAACACCAAGCUACUCAAGUUAUAUCAUCUUUGUAGUGGAGCUGCCAAAGACAUCAUCCAUUGUUGUCUAAUGAUGCAUCCAGAUGAUGGAUACUUACAUGCAAGAACGCUACUGACUGAUCGUUUUGGAAAUGCCUUCAAGAUCUGUGAUGCCUGGAUCAAAAAGAUCACAGAAGGACCAGUCAUACAAAAUGAUCCAAAACAGCUGAGAGAUUUCGCUGAUCAGCUUAAGACCUGUGGUGAAACCUUGAUGGCAAUAGGAAUGCUCCGAGAGUUAAGCUGUAGGAGUGAAUUGGUGAAGAUCAUUGAACGUUUGCCAUUCCACCUGAAGAGCCGCUGGGUACGUCAUGUGAAAUCAAUCAGAGAUGUUGGAAGACAGCCUACCAUCCAAGAUGCAGUUGACUUUAUCACUGAUGCAGCGGAUGAGCUCAAUGAUCCUGUAUUUGGUGCCCUUCUUACUGGAGGAAAAAAGAGCGGAAGUACUGACAAAGUAAGAACCAUGUCAGGUAGAGGUCAGGUGGGCGUAUUUACCACUUCAGCCAAUCUAUCUACUCAGAACUGCAUCAUGUGUAAUGCAAGCCAUGAUCUUUUUGGCUGCCAGGAGUUCAAAAACAUGAAUCCUGAUGACCGCUUUGAUUUUGCCUUCAAGAACAGAUUAUGUUUCAAUUGCCUCUUACCUGGGCAUAUUUCUUCUAGAUGCAACAUCAACAGAACCUGCUCUGUUAGAGGAUGCGAUCAAAGACAUACAAAGUUUCUCCAUACUGGGAGAAGGAUGACAUCUCCACAGCGCCCUACACUUCUCAGUGCGAGUGACGCGUCUACUCAAACUGACAGCGAUGUAUCAUCCCAUGCCAGCUGUGGCGCCAUGGGGGCCGGAGCUAGCAGAAUCGCUCUUCCGAUAGUACCGGUCACUGUUAGUGUCCCAGGUGAAGUAGGAGGAACUAUUGAGACUUUUGCUUUGCUGGAUUCUGGUUCCACAAACUCAUUUUGUCUGAAGGAAAUAGCAGAGAAGAUCCAGACAAAGGGACGAAAGAAGAUCGUAUCAAUAUCUACACUAGAAGCUCCUAACCACACCAUGGAAUGCGAAGAGGUGAAGCUGAGUGUAAAAGGGUCUUCUGGUACAUCAAGCAAGAAGAUAGAUGCUGAGUUCCUUGCACGUCCAAGCCUGAAUAUCAGUACAGUGAACAUGGCCACUGAAGAAGAGAUCUCCAGAUAUCAACAUCUUUUUGGUAUUGAUCUCCAAGUGACAACAGGAAAGGAGGUAUCUUUACUUAUCGGACAGGAUAUGCCCGAAGCUCUGAUGCCACUGGAAAUCAGAGCAGGUGCUCCAGGUGAAGUUUAUGCCAUCAGGACAGCACUUGGGUGGACGUUAAAUGGACCACUAGAAAAUGAAAGUAGUCUUCUGAAUCAUCAAGCUUCAUCUAACUUUGUUUCUGCUACAGGAGACCUGCCGCUGAGAGUCGAACCUCAACAAACUUAUAAGCAAGGUGGAGUUGAUCGAGAUGAUGAUUGCCAACUUCCAUCUCCCACCCUAACUCAGGAUCUGCCAAAUAAUCCUCAAGUGACAAGCAGACAAGACUCCAUAAAGACUCGACUGGAUAAGGAUGGCUGUCUACAUGUGCAUCCUAACUACAGGGAGGAGAUGAAGUUUUUGCUGGAGGAAUCAUAUGCUAAGGAUGUUCUUGAUGCAGCUCCUGAGAAGGAUGAAGGUCUAAUAGAGCUUUUCUCCAAGAUCCCAGGCAUCGUCAGUAGCAGGCCUUCAACAAGAGAAUCAACACAGGUCUAUGAUGAUGAAGAUGUGAAUUCGAAGCUCUUACUUCUGUUGGACAGGAGGCUACAUCUACUUCCAGAAGUAACAGACCAGAUGUCUCGAGGAUGA